AUAUUAUCAUAAAAUGUUAUCCUAAAAGCUUGACUACUUCCCAAACUAAAUCACUUAUUUAAUACUCUACCAAAUCCACCGAUUGAAAUCAUUCAGAGAUUUCAAAAGAAAUGUUUCAACUUUAUAUGGAAUGGAAAAAAGGUAAAGUAAGGAGAAGUAUAAUGAAAAAACAGUUAAAUGUGGAGGAAUUGGGGUACCAGAUAUACAAAACACCAUAUUUGCACAGAAAUUGAAUUGGAUAAGAAGAAUAUUGCAAAACCCUGGAACUUUAAAUAUGUAAUUAGGAGAGAUCUAGCAGAUAUUAUUAGGUUGGCAGACCCUGUAUACAUAAUAACAAAUGUCUUACCAGUAGUAUCAAAUACUUUCUGGAGGGAUGUACUGCAGGGAUGGUCCAAUUUUCUAGCUAAACACUAUGAAAAGGUUGAAUGCUCUUCUGAGAUACUCUGUCAGUCCGUCUGGUGGAAUGACAAUAUAAAAAUUGGUGGAAAACCGGUAUAUUACUUAGAAUUAUUUGAAAGAGGUAUCAUCUUUAUAAACGAUUUUAUGUAUGACGACAGACUCUAUAAUUUUGAUGAAUUUCAAGAAAAAUACGACAUGACAAUAGAUUUCUUAAAAUAUCAGGGCUUGCGCUUAUCAAUUAAUAAGUUCAUUAAAAAACACAAUCCGAAAAGAUUGCAAUGUCCUUUUCUUCCUUACAAUUGUCUAAAACUUGGAAAGGAACAAGGCAGUAAAUAUUUCUAUCAAUCUUUAUUUAACACAAGCCUUUCCAAAUCUUCUGGACAAGGUAAAUGGGAAAAAGAAUUUGAUAAAGAAUAUACGGAAUCUGAACAAGAAGGAAUCUAUUUGAUGUCGAAACGGUGUACACAGAGUGUUAAUUUGAAGUGGUUUCAGUUCAAACUUGUACAUAACAUUCUGUUUACAAACACAAAUUUACAUAAGACUGGAUAUGUUGACUCUCCAAUGUGUACAUUAUGUGAAGCAGAACCUGAAACAGUGAUUCAUCUGCUAAGUGAAUGUGAACAUUCAAAAAGAAUAUGGAGUCACUUGUCAGCUUGGUUAAAUACUGUAGCCGCAGGAAGAAUUUGUUUCACAAACGAAAAAAUUAUUCUUGGUUUUGAAGGGAAACAUAACAAUCCAUUGAAUGUGAUCAGUAUUAUUCCCAAACAAAAUAUCUAUAACUGCAGUAAAAAGGAAAUCAAACCAUGUUUUAAACAUGUUAAGAAGGAGAUACUUAACUAUUAUGAGGCAACAAAGAUAAAUUAUUUUCAGAACUGUCAAUUCUCCAACUUUUUCAGUUUCUGGUCUUCUUUUCAUACUCUGUUUGCAGACAUGACAAAUCUUCCCUAGGGGUAAAAUUAUCCCAAAAUCUCUUCACAUGUUUGAAAAUUGCAAACACUCUACACAGUUAUUAGCAUUUUCUGUACAUCAGUCUAAAGAAUAACUAUAAACACAUUAUGACUGUAUAACACUUUUCAUGUGCCAUGUGGUACAUUAUCAUGCAUGGUGUAGGUAUAUAAUGUUACCUACUCAAAAAAUUUAUUCUUCACCUGUUAAAACUGACAAAUACUCCACACAAUUAUUGAAUUUUCUGUACAUCAUUACAAG